AUGAUUAACAAUACAAACAAGGAAUGCAUAGAACAAAUUACAGCUAUCAUAUAUGGUAUAUGGUAUGCGAGAAAUAUGCUUGUCUUUCAGGAGAAACUCUUACCACCUCAAGAGAUCAGCUCCAUAGCCACCAAGCAGCUUCAAGAAUACCAACUUCAUGACUUUGAACAGGAAAUCCACGAGCCCCAGGUGAGAACAAAAAGUUGCAGCAACGACAUCAGCUGGAGUCCACCGCUUAGGGGCACCCUUAAGAUCAAUGUGGAUGCUCACCUAAGCAGUGAUGGCCAUUGGUCGACGGGGUUGGUUCUAAGACGGGUGGAUGGGAGCACCGUCGGGGUUGCGACUAGGACUCACGAUGGAGCAAUGGAUACUGUCACGGGUGAAGCUAGGGGUUUAUUGGAUGCAAUAGAGUGGAUUGAAAAGAUGGGGGAACGAAAUGUGAUUUUCGAACUCGACUCACAAGUUGUGGUUAAUGCAGUCAGGAAGCAAAGAGAGAUUCGAAGAAAUUGGGGACAAGCUGUGCGGCGAUGCAAACAAUUCCUCAGUACAAACCCUAGAUCUGAUAUCAAUUGGGUCCCUAGGAGGGCUAACCAAGCUGCCCAUGAAAUGGCUAGGUGGGUUGAAGUUGAGCCCAAUAAGGAUUGGACUUCAAAUUUCCCCUCUUGUAUUUGGCCUAUUAUCCAAAAAGAAAUAAGCAAUGUAAUUCCCUCCUUUUUUUGA